AAACCAACUCAUUGCAUCGAUGUAGGACUUCAAAGUUUAAACCAUUUCCUGAGUUUGGUGUGACACUUUAUAAACUGUGGAAUUUCUUUGUGACGGAACAAACACAAUCAUGGCAACAACACUUAGCACUAGCUUGGCCAUGGCAAUUUUGUUGGUUGUUGCAUCAUUGAUGUGUAACACAACCCAGGUUUCAGCUCAAUGUGGAGCAAACGUUGGAGACCUCAUAUCCCAGUGUGAAAAGUUUGUGCAGAAGGCCGGACCUACGAUUCCGCCAUCGCCGGGGUGCUGUGCAGUGCUGAAAAACGUGAAUGUUCCAUGCGCUUGCAGACUUAUCACAAAAGAUGUUGAGAAGUUAGUGAGUGUUCCAAAGGCAAUAUUUGUUGCUCGCUCUUGUGGAUUGAAUGUUCCAGCUGGAAUGCAAUGUGGAUCUGUUAAAGUGCCGCCCAAGCCAUGAAGUGAUGAGCACCUUCUACUGCUUCUCCUCAGGUUGAAUUGAGAAUACAGCCCUCUCCAUUUCCUGCAAAAAUAAAUAAGGAUCACUUCAUGUCACAUUGUUGAUUGUUGUAUGUUCACUGAAGAACAAUGUUGAAAAUAAUAUGGGCUUGUUAUUUUAA